AACAAAAAAUUAAUGAAGAAAAGCAAAAAAUCAAUCGAAAAAUGCUUUUACAGCGAAUUAAUUCGAUAAUUUCUCGUGUCAAGCAGCAAAGAAGUGCAGAAACGCGGAAUUAUGUGUGCAUCAAUUGUGGAUUUCCCGUCAAGGAGCUCAUUAAGAAAUACAGUUCGACCGUUGUUAAGAUAAAUCACUGUGAUAAUUGCAAUGAAGUUGCCGACAAAUACAUUGAAUUUGAGACGAUCAUCAUUCUCAUCGAUUUGAUCCUUUUGUCAAAAGCCGCAUAUCGUCAUGUCAUUUUCAACACAGAAUCCAAAAAUUUGUGGAAACUCGCUGUCGUGAUUGUCCUGCUCGAGUCUUACGUGACUUUUAAUGACAACGUCAACCGUGCCCCGCAAUAUUCCAUCAACGAUCCCUUUUUGUCGGAGAAGGGAUUUUAUCUCGCCUGCGCUCAAAUCAUUCUCGGCAAUAUUUUGCUGUAUUUUUUCAUCGUUUUGCUCUCGGCACCGAGCAGAGGACUUUUGUACAUCAAUUCGCAAAAUCAUUCCUUGUAUCGGUCCAAGCUGAAUUUUGCGAUUAAUUUGAUGCGGGGCAUCACACUUGCUUCGAUCGGAAAAUUUUUCUUUCUGCCGAUUAUGAUUUGGAGAGAAAAUUCCACGGAAAAUGCUUUGAUAGUGCAUUUAAGUCUCGUGAUAAUUUAUUUUAUUUUGUCGUUGAUUCACGCGCAUUCCGUGAUUGCGAAUUGCUCGAGACUGGCGAGCAUUUUUAUCGUUAUUUUUUCGUACGUGUCGGAAACUUAUAUUAUGACUGAGUUGAGUUUGUAUGCGAGAGGGCAGCUGUUUUAGAAAAUAUAAUUAUUUUUAAUAUUUGACAAAAAAAAGUGCAAGAAGUGAAAAUGUUUUAAUAUAAUUUAAGUUUUUACGAAAACAAAAAUUUAAAAAAAAAAUAAAUAAUUUUUUAUUUAUUUUUUUUUUCAUUGGAAAAUUUUAAAAUUUAAA